AUGAGUAAAAGUUAUCCAGCAUUUUUGAGCUAUCACUCGCAGAGCAAUUGUUUUGCAUACGCAAAAUAUUUAUCGGCUAUUGGAAAAAAAUUGGAAAACGGAGCGAACAGUGAGAUUCUUGGGGGACAAUUUGUUGGAAAUUUUCGUAUACGAAAUUGUCAUAACCCUAAUGUUGUUGUUGAUGUUCAAUUGUUUGGAAAGCUACCGCUGACGCAUGUCUUUGUGAAUUCCAUUUUCGCAAAAAUAUCUGGAUUUUACGAAAAUCAAGAAGUUAUUCUUGAAAGGAUUGAUUCGACCACUAAUUGCUCAUACGUCGAAGUUGCGCCAACCACUAAUAAUGACUAUUCCGUGAUAUCACAAUCGAGAAGCAAUAUUGAAGCUAAUUUUCUAGAUCAAAUUCGACUUGUUUCAAACAAUAUGUUGAUUCCUUAUUUUGUUUCGCCUGGAAUAUUUGUAGAAUUGCGAAUAUUGAACAUAUCACCCACUACAAAUAAUCCGGUUAUUCUUGAUAACGAAACUGAGUUGCAUGUCCAAACUGCAACAGAAAACGGACUAAAUGAUGAGAAAAAGACUUUGGCAAUGAAUGUGGCAAAAAUUGUAGAAGGACUGAGCAAUGAAGGAUUUAAAUCAAAUUUUACAAUUAAAUUGGAAAAGGAGACAGUAAUGGCUAGAGUUCUUCCAAGACAUCUAGCCGAUUAUUGGAUGAAAGACAUUGAAGAAACAGUUGACGAGGCUACAAUUUAUAUUGAAGGAAGAGAUAAUGUGGGCCACAACGAAUUCGGAAUAGUUCAAGUGUUUUCACCAAAUCAUCACAACGAAGUGAUGUUCAGCUAUCUACACAGACCUUCGAAAAUGCUAAUUACCACAGCUUUCAAUUCGGCAUUGUCUCAUAUGCUGACAUCUUUGAAAUUACCUGACAAGUUCCAUUGCGUGAUUGGAAAUUCAGAAUACGACGAAUAUUCUACAAUAUCAUUUAGAUCUGUAGAGCCUUCAAAAAUGGUUUACUUGAAACAUGCUGAUUUACAAGUCGAUGAUAAAACAAAACAAUGGCUUGAUCAACAAAACCAUAUGCAGGAACUAAUGAGUUCUCUGGAAUCUAAAAUGCAAUGCCAUCCAAUACUACUUUCAAGUUCCGGAAAAGUGAUGGAUCUCAUGGCUGGAGGCAAAAGUGUGGAUUCGAUAGAAAAGUCGCUUUCGGAAACAAUUCGAGACCUUGAAAGCAAGAAGCCAAGCUUGCUACUUCUUGAUGAUAUUGAUGUCAUACUUCCACAAUUGGAUCAAGAGCAACGACAAAUUCCAACGGAGAAGUUAAUAGCUUUAUUAUGCAAUAAAUUAAAGAAGUGCAAAGUGAACGCUCAGUUCGCGGAAGACCAAUUGUGGCACACAAAUUUGAGCUCGACAAACCCACAAAAGUAA